UGGGGCUCUCGGGACGGGAUGCGGGGACCCCGGGCCGGCGCUCUCGCGGUGCUCCUUGGGCCUCACCGUGCGUGGCCACGCGGGACGACCGUUGGGCUCCUCACCUGGGGGCAGUCUCCUCACCUAGGGUUGGGGCUCCUUGCCCGGGGCCUGAUGAGUGUGUUUCUGGGGUUCCAGACAUCUGCAUUUCCCCACGUGCCCGAGGCAAUUGGCACUGGAACCCGUGGUUUAAGUUAGGAAGAACGAAGGUGGGCAUUACCUGGUUUCUAGUAGGACAGAACUGCCAGCAGGAAGCAGUACAAAUGAUAGAGUUUUCUCUGACCGAAUUUGUACCAGUUCCUUUGUGUUUCCAGCUAGGGAUUAAUAACGUGAACAUCUGACUUGACCAGUUUCAGUAGAGACCUUAGAAUCCGAAUAGACGGGGACGAGAAGCCCUUUGCUCCUAAUCUGAGGGGUCACCAUCCUGUAAACGACGUGUUUUAAAGUCGUGGCCUGUUUUGGCCUGUGGGUGCCUGAGAUUAACAACCCCAACAGCUGCAAGCAGGUGUGGACCAGUGCACGUGCGUCUGCUCACCGUCUCGGGCCCGGUGGGGGUUGACCACGGUUUCAGUACUUGCUUAUGUCCUGUUUGUCUCCUCGUGGUCCCGGGUGGGCAUGCAGGGUGCCGCUAGCGCCGUCCAACAUAAGCUGCUUUGCCGGUUGGUGUCUGCCGUUGGUCAUCAGCACAGAGCACACUCUUAUCUGGGUGAGAAGCUCCUGGGGCCCGGAGCGGGGUUUGGCAGGUACCUUUUCACCCCACAGCUCGUGAAAUAACAGAGUCUAGAUCUUCCCGCAGGGGAACCUCCUCUGGGCAGAGGUGUGGAGUGGGGUGUGCAGGGACUGGCCUGGGACAGCUGUGAGCCCGAGCGAGGUUCCUGCCACGGAGCACCUGCGCAGCUGCUCCAACCGCCUGGCCUUAGAGAUGCUUCCUAGUUCUUUAGGCUCUUUUCCCCUCGGACAGUAAGAGAACAGAGAGGAGUAACGAACGUUCCGUGGUCUCUUCGGCUUCACUGGACAUUAAAGCGUGCACGUUUCUUUAAUGAAAAUGUAAACUGGUGUGAUGAGAUCCACGCUUAGUUUUUAUGAGUUUCUUCUUCAAGUAGUUUAUUGAGCACCUGCUAUGCGCCAGGCUGUGCUGAUACAGCAGUGAGUCAGCCCUGCCCUCAGGCUGUGAGCCCAGCAGGGGAGACGGAUGGCCCCUGUGAUGACCAGAGUCCAUCCUUGCUGAGGUUACAGUGGGCAGCGGGGGACAGAAAAAUCCCGCCCUUACAUUUGGUAAGAGAAAAGCUCUGUUACUUCCCUGGGAACUGCACGUUAUUUUGGUAAUUCUUAGAGCCCUUUGACCCCCUUACUUCCCUCACCUCACCACCAUAUCAGACAGGAUUCCUGUUCCCCCAGUUGUUGAUUCCCCACUUGCUAUCCUAGGAGAGUACAGACUUCAUACCUCUCCCUCGAACCAAAAAGUAGUUUUAACAAACAGGAAGCACCGUGGUUCUCUCCUUUCACUUCUUGCCCUUCUGGCUUUGAUCAAAUAAAAGCAAACCUGUUUUCAGACAAGCCAGAAACAGGAAGAGUUUGCCGUCUUCCUUCCCUCGCCAGACUGAAAGAUGGAGGUCUUCCACGAGUAGGAACUGCCCCAGACACUUGCAUGGUUUUCUCAGGAAGCUUCGUGGCAUGGGGUGCCCCCAAAGCGCUGUUGGUGUUUGGGUGGUCCAUUGCAGGCGCGUCUGUCUGCAUCCCCACCCCCCAGGAACACACUCUUGCUUUCUGCCGUAUCCACGAGUUUGUGCUCACGACCAGCGUGGUGCUCCCCGGGGCUCUAAGAGGCUCAGGGGGUGAAGUUCAGAGCACAGCGGGUGGGUGUCCGCGGCCCUGUCUCGCCAUCCUUGGGGUGCAGGGCUUUGCUGGCGCCCCGAGCCCUGCGCCUCACCUCCUGUCCUCUCGUGGCUGUCCCUCUGCAGUUCUCCAGGCGCACCCCUCCCGCCCUUCUACUUCACAGCCUCCCGGCCCGUCUCCCUCGGCCAGUACCGUGCGGGCCGAGCCCAGCUUGUUCCUAACUCUCCGGCCAGAUUUCAGCUUCUCGAGCACGGGGGUCGUCCUGCUGCCCUCCAGUGCCGGGCUGGCCCAGGGCCCGGCUGCACAGUGGACUAAACUCGUGUCCUGCAACUCAGGUCUUUCUUCCUGGAAAAGUAUUCGCACAACUUAAAAGCGUAAGAAGGCUGGUUAAAGUACGAAAGCUUCUCUAGCAUGAUUUUUCUUUCAGCGUUCUGUUUUGAUGUGUUUUCAGAUUACAGAAGCUGCAGCAGUUCAAAGGAUUCCCAUUACCCUUCAAACACAUUUCCCAGGUGUUAACUCGAGUGUGAGUUUUGAAGCCUGGGGACCUGUGACUCUAUUCUCUCAAAACAAUUCGAGUGGCGGUGCCGACGGUGGAUGAAGGUCCGUGAGGCUGACGUGCAGAAUGGCCGGGAAGAGGCUGUCGGGCCUGGGCAAGCAGCGCCGGCUCCUGGCGCUGCUGGUGGCGGUAGCCGCCGUCCACCUGGUUGCCUGCCCCUACACCAAAGUGGAGGAGAGCUUCAACCUGCAGGCCGUGCACGACCUGCUCUACCACCGGCUGGAUGUGGACAAGUUUGACCAUCUCGAGUUCCCUGGCGUGGUCCCCAGGACGUUCCUCGGGCCGCUGGUGAUCGCGGCACUCUCCAGCCCCGCCGUUUACGUGCUUUCGCUCUUGGAAACGUCCAAGUUCUAUUCUCAGCUAGUAGUCAGGGCCGUCCUUGGACUCGGCGUGAUCUUUGGACUCUGGACUUUACAAAAAGAAGUGAGGCGGCAGUUUGGGGCCACGGUGGCCACCCUGUUCUGCUGCGUGACGGCCUCGCAGUUCCACCUGAUGUUCUACUGCACGCGGACACUCCCCAACGUGCUGGCCCUGCCUGUGGUCCUGCUAGCCCUCGCAGCCUGGCUGCAGCAGAGGUGGACGCGCUUCGUCCGGCUCUCGGCCUUCGCCAUCCUGGUCCUCAGAGCCGAGCUGAGCCUGCUCCUGGGCCUGGUGCUGCUGCUGCCGCUCUGCCUGCGGAAGGUCUCGGUGGCCCGGGCCCUGCGCUGCGCCGUGCCGGCUGGGAUCCUCUGCUUAGGGCUGACGGUGGCCGUGGACUCCUAUUUUUGGCGCUACCUCGUAUGGCCAGAAGGAAAGGUGCUCUGGUACAACACCGUCCUGAACAAAAGUUCCAACUGGGGCACCUCGCCGCUGCUCUGGUACUUCUACUCGGCCCUGCCGCGCGGCCUGGGCUGCAGCCUGCUCUUCGUGCCCCUGGGCGCCGUGGACAGAAGGGCCCUGGCACUGCUCCUGCCGGCGCUGGGCUUCGUGGCUCUGUACUCGCUUCUCCCGCACAAGGAGCUGCGCUUCAUCAUCUAUGCCUUCCCCGUGCUCAAUAUCGUGGCCGCCAGGGGCUGCGCCCGCGUGCUGAAUAACUAUAAGAAGUCCUGGCUGUGUAAAGUGGGGUCCCUCCUCGUGAUAGGACACCUCGUGGUGAACGCCACAUACUCGGCCACAGGCCUGUACGUGUCCCACUUCAACUACCCUGGCGGCGUGGCGAUGCAGAGGCUGCACGAGCUGGUGCCCUCCCGCACAGAUGUCGUUGUGCACAUCGAUGUGGCCGCUGCCCAGACAGGUGUGUCCCGGUUUCUGGAAGUCAACAGUGCCUGGAGGUACGAUAAGAGAGAGGACGUGCAGCCCGGCUCCGAGCGCAUGCUGGCCUACACGCACCUGCUCGUGGAGGCCGCCCCCGCGCAGCUGGCCCCCUACCGGGACACGCACCGGGUGCUGGCCAGCGUCCCAGGCACGACCGGGCUGAGCCUCAACCUGAGCAGGCUGCCCCCCUUUGACGUGAACCUGCAGACCAAGCUGGUGCUCCUGGAGAGGCUUCUCGGGCCUCCCUGAGGAGGAGCCAGGGGCCCUCCAGAAACACCGGCAGGACGAGACGGAAGCAUGCAGAGGACCCACGGGUGUGCCCUCACGGGGGCGCGGCCACAGCCACAGCCGGGGCACCCACGUCCACGCUGCCCACCACUUGUGAGAACGAGGGGCCUGGCACCCCUGCCAGGGUGACGGUGGGUGGGAUGCUGUUCGCCGUCCAGACCGCAGCGGGGUGUGGAUCUUCCCGCGGAGCUGCUUCUGGGCAGCAGGCUGUGGCCUCUCGGCCCCUGAAAGGUCGUCCCCCUGGGGCAGCGUAACCGCAGAACCUCAGCACCCAGCCCUCGGGGUGGGGCGUCCUUUGUGGUCACAGGCAGCCGUUUCCAUUUCAGAUGAGGCUUUAGGAGAUAAACUCGUUCAAAAAGAGUGAGAGUCAAAUUGUAAAUGUCUUCUUACUGUUGAUCUCAGGUGCUGCUUCCAGAGACUGCUUCCACCUGGGUUUUGUUUAAGUGAUUUGGGCACCUUCCCACUUUGCUGAACAGUGUUUACCGAGUUCCUGACACGUGUCUGACUUCACCAGGCACUGAAGACGAUGCAGGGAACUGAGCGUGCUUUGCCCGCAUGCACACACACCGUGCACAUGCACGCACACGCUACACACGUGUGCGUAGACACAGGCAGUCUUUCCUGAGCCAUCAGAGGGAGUUGCCUGCACCUGACCUUUAGUUACUGUUUUUUCCACUGGAGCUGACAAGCAGUCUGUGCGGGCCCCUCCCCAGACCUCCCCGACACAGCACCCGCUGGUGAUUCCUGCCUGUUUCUCAUGAGCGUUUGUUACUUCCCUGUCAUCGGCAGUUCUCAGUGUUUAGAUGUGGCCCGCAGUCGUCAGCCUGCACGCGUGGACUGCUGCCGGAUCUCGAUGGGCCGCGAGCUGCCCUGUCGGUUGCCUUGGUGUUCAAACUGCAGAUUCACCAGGGGGGCCUGUCAAGCCGUGCUGUCCCGGCUGCGUGCCCCGUCGUUAAGGUUUUGAGCACUUCCCUGCUUCCUGGCACAAGGAGUCCCACCCAGGCUCCUCGGGCCUCUCUGUCUGCACCCUGGAGUCGGCCGUUUGGAGGGCCCGGGCUCCUUCUGGCAGGAACUGGUUUCAGAGACCGAUAUCUGGGUGCACAGUGCACGAUAUCUGUGCACCAUGUGCACAGUGUGCUCACUGCUAUCAGGACGCCCGUGUUUCUAGGCCCUUCGGAGCGAGAGGACAGGCGCGCCUGCACGUGGGCACACGCUUAUGCACGUGCACAGGCGUGAGAGGUCACGGCAUCAUGCUGACACCUCCAGUUCCACCCCAUCUCUGUGGGCGUGUGUCUGCCUCCCUCAUUCCACGUCUGCAUGUCCUCUCCCUGCAGUGAGAAUCCUGACCCCGAAAACAUCAACGUACGUUUGACCCGUGUCAAGGGACGCCGACCCCCACGCAGUCGGAAAUCUGCAUAUAACCUUUGACCCCCCCACCAAGGCUUAACUACUAAUAGCUCCUGUUGAGUGGAAGAUUUACCCAUAACAUGAACGGUUGAUGACACAUAUCUAUAUGUUACAUGUCAGAUGCUGUAUUCUUUCAAUUAUGUAAGCUACAGAAAAGAAAAUGUUAAUUAAGAAAAUCAUAGGGGGACUUCCCUGGCGGUCCAGUGGUUAAGACUUUGCCUUCCAGUGCAGGGGGUGCGGGUUCGAUCCCUGGUCGGGGAGCUGAGAUCCCACAUGCCUCGCAGCCAAAAAACCAAAAACGUAAGCAAUAUUGUAACAAAUUCAGUAAAAAAAAGAAAUCAUAGGGAAUUCCCUGGCGGUCCAGUGGUUAGGACUCGGUGCUUCCACUGCUGGGGGCCUGGGUUUGAUCCCCGAUCGGGUAACUAAGAUCCUGCAAGCUGUGCGGUGGGCCAAAAAAAAAAAAAAAAAAAUCAUAAAAAAGAAAAUAUUUAUAGUACUGUACUGUGUUUAUCAACAGCAUGAGUUUUUGUCAUCUGUUUCCAAGAUGAAUAGUCAGUACCUACAUCAUUAUUGUCUUAGACGACACGAAAGGCUGUAGAUGUUACACAUAUAACUAAUACUAGACAUCAAUAAGGAAAAGAUAACGUGAAAAGGAAAUUCACAUUUAUUUACAGGCACAACGAUAUGUGCAUUGAUGAUGAAGCAGCAGCAACAUGACUGCUUUAUGGUUGCCUAGUGUGAUCGAUACGAUCGCUCCCAGGCAGCCCGGCCUGUACACUAAUGGGUGGGUCGUCAUAAGAUUUUUAUGGCUUAUAGUAUUGCAGUCAUAUUCAUAAUACAGUAUUGGGAACACUGUCACAUUAAAAAGAAAACCUAUGAUGAUAGACUGUUACACAGUUUCUCCAAUUACGAGUCAGGGAGGGAGGGAGACUGUACCUAAUUCAUUGAAAGCAAAGUUAUAAAAAGCACAUUGUUAACUUUAUACUUAGUAUCACUCAGCUUAUGCCUAUGUGAGGAUGGACUGUCCACUUCAAUGUGUGUCUUACACGGUGUACAGCUGUUAGGCUUUCACAUCGAGGCACACAACAGAGGUCUCUGAACCGCAGCGUGUGAUUGUUCACUGUGCGUUAGGUGGAGGCAGGUCGUCACAGGUCUUCAUCCCCCUGGUCCUCACGCUGAGACUGGGGAGGAGGAAGCGGAGGGGAGGUCUUGCUGUCUCGGGCAGCAGAGCCGUGGGGGGUGGAAGCAGGGGAGGCCGGUGCACUCGGUGAACUUGGCAGAAACACAUCAGUCUCUGCCCGACUUUUUUGCUUUCUCAUUUCUCUAGAGUGUUUCUGUCUACUACCAAUCCUUCCACCGUUUGCUUUAGCUUCAGUACCCGUAUCACGGAAGGGUCCAUGUUGUAAAACAAGUCAAGUCGUCUUGACUCAUUGGAACUGUUCUGCCAGGCAGUCUGAUGUCAGUUUGUUUCCUGGCGCUGCUUCUUCUGCGCCUGUCUCAUCGUCUGCCUCUGGCUAUCUCCAUCAGGUUGUCUUCUGUGGGUUCCUCCGGUGUGCUGCCUAGUAGCCCUUGAAUUUUUUUCUUUUUUUUAGACUGUGCCACGUGGCUUGUGGAAUCUUAGCUCCCCAACCAGGGAUCGAACCCAGGCCCCUUGUAGUGGAAGCUCGGAGUCCUAACCACUGGACCACCAGGGAAGUCCCAGUCCUUUAAUUUCUUGAAGACCCAUAUCUCGGAACCGUUCACCCCCGCCCCGCGCCCACUUUAUUUGCCAAACCCACAAUCUCUUUCAUGAUUUCCUUGAUUGAUUUAUUUAUUUUUGGCUGUGUUGGGUCUUUGUUGCUGUGCGUGGGGUUCCUCUAGCUGCGGUGCGUGGGCUUCUCAUUGCAACAGCUUCUUGUUGCGGAGCAUGGGCUCUAGGCGUGUGGGCUUCAGUAGUUGUGCCAUGUGGGCUCAGUAGCUGUGGCUCACGGGCUCUAGAGUGCAGGCUCAGUAGUUGUGGCAUGUGGGCUUAGUUGCUCCGCGGCAUGUGGGAUCUUCCCGGACCAGGGCUCGAACCCGUGUCCCCUUCACUGGCAGGCGGAUUCUUAACCACUGCACCGCCAGGGAAGCCCCCCAUGAUUUCCUUGAUUGUGUCAUAAAUCCUGUGAAGUCAUGCACAGCAUCUGGACGGUUCUCCAGCAGGAAUGUAUUGUUGUGGGCUUGAUGGCUCUCACGGCUUUUUUUUUUUUUUAAUAACAGCGAUGUCAUCCUCAGUGGUAUGAUCCUCCCAGACUCUCAGACUCUCACGACGUUCUCUGUAUCAGGGUUCUCUUCCAUAGCGUUGACGCUCCUUUCCACACAGUGUCGUGUGUAAUGAGCCUUGAAGGUCCUAUGGCCCCCUGACCUAGAGACUGAAUAGAGACAUUGUGUCUGGGGGCAAGCAGACCACUUCAGCGCCUUCGGUGUUGCACUCAUGGGGUUCUGGGCGGGCAGGCGCGUUGCCCAGUAUCAAAAGAACUGUAAAAGGCAGUCCCUUCCUGACAAGGUGCUUCCUGAAUUCAGGGACAAGGAAUCGAUGGAACCGGUUGCCCAGGCCCUUUUGAUGUCCAGUCAAAGACCGGCAGCUGCUGCUCCUCUUCUCCCUGCAAGGCUGGGGGUCAGCGGCUUUACAGAUGAGCGCAGUCCUGGCCGUAAACCCGACCACGUUUGUGCAGGAUAAUCGAGACAGCCCAUUCCUUCCUGCCUUAAAUCCUGCUGCUUGAUUCUCCUUACUGAUGAAUGUCCUUUGUGGCAUUUUUUCCCAGAAUAGGGCAGUUUCAUCUGUAUUAAAAACUUGUUCAGGCAGAUGUCCUUUCUACCCAAUGAUUUUCUUCACAGCGUCUGAGAACGUGUCUGCGCCGCCUCUCCCGUUACCUUGACAUUUUAAAGCCAAAUCUCUUUCUAAAAUCAUCAAACCAUCCUUUGCUGGCAUUCAAGUCUCCAGCUUUACAACCUUCCCCUCACUUUCGCUUAAGUUGUAUGAUGACUUUGCUUUUUCUCGAAUCAUUCUUAGAUUCUAUAUAGGUGCACCUUUCUUAUGGCAAUCCUGCGCCCGCCUAAAAGCUGCUUUUUCAAAUAAAAAGGUAUUUCACAAGAAGUGCAAGGCUUUCUGCCUGCUGGUGUAGCUGCAGUGCCAGCUUCAUGGAUUUCCUUUCCUUUUUUACAUUCAUCUUGAAGUGGCGGCAGCCGCAGCUGCAGACCUCACUCUGCGACGCACAUCAAGCCAUUCAGCUUUUUCUCUUCACGUCUUCCUCUUCUCUGCGUCUUGGGAGCGCUUGCAGCAUUGCCAGGGCACUUCGUGGGUCCCGUGGUGGUGGUCAAGGUUCCCGGUGUUGCACUAAAUACAAUGAAAUAAUCCGCAAGAACCACAAGAGACUGCGGUUUACUGGAGAGACCACCUGCUCCGGAGGGGGGGAGCGCACACGGCGCUCGCUGUAGGCGGACGCGGGGAAUACGCGCGCCGGAAGCAGCAGCAGGGGUGGCUGCAGCAUUAUUACUGUACGUGCUACAGUUAAUUCAUGCAGUGAGGACUUCGUACGGCAUCUUUACGUUUGCUUCCUUUCUCUGCACUUCAAAUGGAGCCAUGUGUUGUGUGCCUCAGGUUUGUUUUUUUAAAAAAUAAAUUUAUUUAUUUAU